GCGGGGCGGGGCGGCGCGGGGGGCGGGGAUUUCUGGCACUUUCUGGGCGCUGCGAACCGGCAGAGCCCGGGCCGGAGGCCGGAAACGCCGGCGAGCGCGGCCCCGCGGCCCCUUUCCCCCGCCGAGCCCGCGCCCCCCGCAGACAUGGCCAAGUGGGGCCAGGGCGACCCGCGCUGGAUCGUGGAGGAGCGCGCGGACGGGACCAACGUGAACAACUGGCACUGGACAGAGCGAGAUGCCACCAGCUGGUCCAAGGGGAAGCUCCGAGAGCUGCUGGUGGGCAUCCUGGUGGAGAACGAGGCUGGCCGCUGCGAGAUCAGCGAGCUGAAGCAGGUGGAAGGUGAGGCUUCCUGCAGCAGCCGCAAAGGAAAGCUGAUUUUCUUCUAUGAUUGGAACAUCAAACUCGGCUGGAGAGGUACAAUUAAAGAAUCUGGUGUAAAGCAUAAGGGGUUGAUUGAAAUACCAAAUCUUUCUGAGGAAAAUGAAGUAGAUGACACUGAGGUGAAUGUGAGUAAAAAGAAAGGCGAUGGGGAUAUACUGAAGGAUCUUAUGAAAACUGCAGGCACCGCCAAGGUCAGGGAAGCGCUUGGAGAGUACCUGAAGGCACUAAUGACGGAAUUUACAAUGGGAAUGAUUUUACCAACAAAAGCUAUGGCAGCCCAGGAAAUGACUGUUAAAAGGAAACUGACUGAGAGUACUCUGCAGAUCCAGGCUUCACCUCCUGUGGCACUGGGUGUGAAGAUUCCCACUGUUGCACUGCAGAUGAUGGACGUGUUUGACACAGCUGUGGAGCAGCUGUAUAGCAUCUUCACUGUGAAAGAUUUGGUGGAAAAAUUUUCCAACUCGCCUGCUGUAGUAGAAGCUGAAAAGGGAGGGAAAUUCCAAAUGUUCGAUGGGAAUGUCACUGGUGAAUAUAUAGAACUGCUAACAAAUAAAAAGAUCGUCAUGAAAUGGAGAUGUAGGAACUGGCCAGAAGAACACUAUGCAACAGUUGCACUGAGUUUUGUGUCCACUCCAGGGCAAACGGAAUUACACUUGGACUGUAAAGGAGUUCCUGUCUGUAAAGAAGAGAACAUGAAAUUCUGCUGGCAGAAGCAGUAUUUUGAAGAAAUAAAAGGUUUACUGCAGCUGACCACUCUAAAUGGUUGAAAUAGAUUUUAUAAGGGCAAUACUAUUUUUUUUAAGCAAAAAAAGUGCGAAGUUUACCUCUUCCUUUUAUUCCUUCUAAAAGAGAAAAAACCUUCUCUUUACAUGGAGUGGAAUCCAUUAACAAAAUGGAAUGUAAAGCAGUGUUUGAAUUUUUACUACUGGUCUCUAAAUUGAGUUAAAAGCAGCAAGCAACCUGAAGUUACUAAUCUUACCUGUCAUAGAUAUUCCUCUGGUAAAAUGGAUUCAGUUCUGGAAUACACAUUAAUUGGUUUCCCAAGCUAAAGCAUAUUCCAGCCAACCUAUCUUUCGGCUACAGUUUUAUAGUACAGAAAGACCUAACCUAAAAAGGCAUGCUGAUGCUGUUCCUUUAUUUAACAUUUUCAAGAUUUUUUUUUUUUAAGUUCUGUAGCUAGCUUUUAGGUGGUGAAUCAAACCAUGGCUUAGAAUGUAAACGUGAGAAAUAGCUAGCUGCACUGUUCUGCUUCUUCAAGCCAUUCUUGGUUGUCUGCGUAGGUACAAAGGAAUUGGAGCUUGCCCCAUUGUUUUCUUUUUCAUCUGAGAAGAUUCAAGCAACGUAUGUAAAACAAAUGAAAAGUCAUCACAAUCAGUUUAAUUAAGUGCACAGAAUAGCAAUCAGUCAUGUCAAUAAAAAUAAAACAAUUAUUUUUACAUCAAGUGUGCUUUAUUUCCUCCACAGGUAUUCUGUUAAAUAAAGCACCAUUUAUAUACUGCCA